AUGGCACCCGCUGAGGAGAACGAUGCGCUGUCGAAGAGGUUGAAGGAACGGAGGAACCGGAUCAAGGAAAUCCUAGACACCGAGUCAAUUUUUCUUCAGGACAUGAUGGUCGUCGAAGACAUCUAUAAGGCGACAUCAACAUCGAUCGAUUCCGUCAGCAACGAAGACCGCAAGGUCUUGUUCGGAAAUUCUGCCGACAUCGUGAAUUUCUCGAGGACUUUCCUCGAUGCCCUGAAGCCAGCCGCAGCGCCCAUAUACACCUUACCGAAAUCCAACCGUUGGAACUUCAAGCGUGGAAGCUUCUCGACUUCUAAUAGCACUAAUACAGAACAAUCAACCUCUCUCGAGCCACCGAAAAAUGACCAAGAUAGGAUGACCACUAUUGGAGCCAUCUUUGGGAGGAACAUGGCAAGCUUGGAGAAGGUGUUCGGAGACUACCUCAAAAAUCUUGACUUUGCAAAUCAGCGACUCGUGGCGUUACAAGACAAACCCAAGGUCAAGGUCUGGCUUGAGGAGUGUCACAACUAUGCCAGCGAUAUCACGCAAGCUUGGUCUCUGGACUCGCUAUUAGUUAAGCCCCUCCAGAGAAUCACCCGAUAUCCACUCUUGUUGGAUAGUUUGAUUGCAACCACACCAGCAGAUCAUCCCGAUCAUGCUGAUCUCGUGUCUGCGAAGAAGGAACUCCUCGCUGCGUCUGUGCGCAUCAACGAGAACAAGAAGCGAGCCGAGCUUUUGGAUCAGUUCGCCAAUCGAAAGCGAAAAGAAUCCGACGGACGAAUACCUACAGGAUUGUCCAAGGCUUUCGGGCGAAGAACCGAUAAGCUGAAGGUAUCGGUUGGCCUCACGGAGCACGUGGAAGAUACAGAGUAUGAUGCCAUCGCCCAGAAGUUUGGCGGGCAUUUCUUCCAGCUACAGAUUGUGAUGAGAGAUGUCGAGAAGUAUAUGGACGACGUCCAGACCUUCGUCGACCAGUGCAACUCUCAAGUCGCGGCUCUCAUCGAGUUUCUCGAUGUGGAUCAGACUGGCCAGAUGCGGCCAUCGCGAGACAUGCGCGUGUUGGCGGACGACUACACAGAGAUUGAGAGCAAAUGGCGAAAGUAUGGGCAAACCAUGCUGGAGCUGACGACAAUUGCACUCCCGGAACACGUAGCUGCUAUUCGCAAGAGCGUGAUAGACCCAAUUAUGACUCUAUGGAAACUCCACGAUCAGCCACAAAAGCUUAUGCAAAAGCGCAAGAAGCGUCUCCCCGAAUAUGCUAAGUACAAGCAAAUGAAGGACCGAGGAGAGAAGAUGGACAAGAAAACUCAGGAAAAUGGAACAGUAUUUGAGGAGCUCAAUCAGGGACUGAAGGACGACCUCCCGAGGCUAUACGCUUUGACGAAGAAGUUGAUUGAGCGCUGCCUACUCAGCUUGAUCAAUAUCCAGAUCACCUGGCAAUCGACGUUUGAGAGGAAGCUUCAGCCAAUGCUCGAGACGCCGCCAGAGCGAACCGACGUCUUCUCGGACGACAUGCAAACAUAUAGCCAACGGUUUGUUAGUGAUUACGACAUCAUCCACUCGCGGAUUCAGGCUUUGAGCUCCUGCAACAAGACUUUGAUGGCGGAGAUCACUAACUUCCUUUCUCCAGCUCAGACUUUCGUCACAGAUGACGCGUCAUCAUUCAAGAAGCCUUCAACGUACUCGAGUGGGAAGCGGACCCAGUCUCUCAGCAGCGACGUAUCGACACCCGACAUCUCUCAGCGUCAUAGCGGAAACUUCACCGGCUGGCAUAGGGGCCCAUCAACCCCACGCUCUGCCCAAGCCACCACACCCGCCAUUUCCAACUUCCCGCAGCGGCCAUCGACGGGCGCUGGGAGAUCAGUGACAGAUUCAACCGUAAACUUCCCGCGACUGAGCUUGGAGAUGGAACAACGAAACAACUCGGGUUCUGGCCCCGGCUUCCUCACGCCCUCAUAUUCCUCACGUACCUCCGGUGUUUUCUCUUCCGCCUUGCCGAUGUCCGACUCUCCGACUGUAAUGCGUAGUCAAAGCCCAGAACCACAAGAGGAACAUCAUGUCUUGUUCCUGGCAGCAAGUUUGUUUGAGUUCAACAUUGCACAUGACCGCCAAGAAGCAGGGUUUCCCUAUCUCGUCUAUGUUCCUGGAGAGAUCUUCGAUGUUGUCGCUCUCAAAGGCGAGCUAUGGCUCGCUAGAAACCAAGACGACAUGAAUCGCACCAUUGGCUGGAUUUGGGAAAAGCACUUCGCACGCAUCCUUCCCGAUGAGGGGUAA